AUGAGCUUAGCAAAUACUGAUGAUUAUGACUGUACGCCAUUAUGUGAUAAGAUAACUAUUAGGGAGAGUAAAAAAGAAUCAUGGCUAAAGUCAGAACAAGCCUCACAUUGUCUAAUUUUUCAUAAAAAUGGCCACUCUAGAGAUGAUAUAGCCAAUUAUCGUCCUGAUCUUCAGAUAAGUUGUGGUGAAAAAUCGUUUUUUAAUAAUAAAGAACCUCAAUGCAGACCAAAUAUUCGAAAGACAGAAGGUAGAAAUCCAUAUGCUAUCAGUGAUAAACGACUUAACUAUGAGAAAGGUAAACGUUCACUAACUGAUUCUUCUCCUCAAAUGAUCAUCAAACAGGAGAAAAUGGAAUUAAGCCAAUUUUGGCUAAAUUCUGAUCUAGUAGAUUCAUUAGAUAUGAGAGAGAUACAUAAACAAUAUUUAACUAUGAAAAACGAAAUGUCUUUAAUUGCAGAAAUUAGAAAAGAAAUAUUAUCAGUUCAACCAAACUUUUCUAAUGAUGAUGAUGACUAUCCUUUUGCAUAA